GAAAUUUCCCGCCUUACAGCCAAACAAAACUCGAUUCGCUACAUUCUCUCCUAUCCCUUCCCUUCCCCUAUCGCCCUCACCGCGCCUCUCCCAUGGCUUCAGAAUCGACUCUCAUCUCCAUCCUCGAAACCUCAACUUCCCCGCCCAUCUACUCCACAGUCUCCGACUACCUCCAGCCCUUCGCCGAGCUCCGGAAUUUGAAGAGCAGUUCCGGAGCCCGAAAACCCCAAGCCAAACCCGAUUCCGAGUUCAAGUCGCUCGUCAGAUCUAUAGCCAAGCGGUUCGCUCCAUUUCUCAAUCAAUGCCUGAGGGUUUUGCCCAGGCGCCUCUCCAAGCCGUCGAAAGCAAGCGGCGGCGGCGCGUCGGAGGAGGAAGGAAAACCUCCGGAUUUCGUCCUGGAACUGUUCGAUACUUACAAGCUGUGUUUGGACUGCUACGAACUGUUGUCUUCGGAGUUGGUGGGUAAACCGUACGAUAUUUACUUGCAGACUGCGAGGCUUUUGCACUGCCUAGUGGGUUGGGGGCAGUAUGUGGAGGCGAGAGAUUUGGGGUUUGGGGUUUUGGAGAGGCUCAGGGCUUUGGAUUUGGGGCCGAGGAAAAAGGGAAUUAAAGCGGGGAAGUUUUUGCCGGUGAUUGGGCAGGGCGGGGAUGAUGAAAUGUUCGCGAAGCUGGUAGUGGAAGUGGUCACACUCAUUGUGAAGUGCUUGGCAUUGGGCCGAAGUGCCGUUGAUGAGGACUAUAGGAAGGUCAUGACCUUGGUGGAAGAGGUUAAACCCUGGUUCAGGGUUCUAGACGAAAAUACAAAGCAGAACAAGGAUAUGGUUAUCAUAACUUGCAUUGCAAGAUGUGCUGAAUAUCUUGUUGGGAAGUUAACGAAUUUUGAUGGAGGUUUAGUAUGUGCAUUCUGUCUGAUGGCAUUGGACAGCUACGCCAAAUCAUCAGUGAAGGAUCAGAUGUUUAAGUUUUGUCGCAGAGCAAGUUCUUCACUGUUUUUAUUUCAUGAAGACAAGCCUUCGGUCACCCUUGAAAUUAUAAUGGGGUUUUUGGAUUCUCUUGCCUUCGAGUGCAAGGUUGAAAAGGGGAAUUGGCAAUUGGAAUUUAUUGACUUCGUCUCUUACAUUGCAAGCAAAUGUCACCGUGCAAGUACAGUUUUUUGUAGUACUGUUGCUGGGCAUCUAAAUGACUUAGCUGAUGACUUGUCUCAGGUCAUGACACCCCUGGAUUUGUUCGUCAAGCUUUACUCUACCUCCAUCUGCUUUAACAAUCGUAUUUAUAAGCCUAGGAUAGCUGAUACAGUGUCAUCUGAGGAUGAUCCUCAACCUGGCAGUUUAUUUGAUGAUGGGAUUGGACUUAGCAACAUAGGACCUUUUCUGGGCUCCUUGCGGAGCUACAUUUAUGAUGGUUCCCUGCUGAGUAGGGAAAAACACAGUUUUGAGGACCAUUCUCCGAUUAAAUCAUCCUUACUAUCUUCUUAUUCUGGAAAUUCAUUAAGGACCCCACACAAGAGUGCAGAUGCUUAUCAUAAAGCCUACUUGAAUCUAUUGACGUUCUUAUGUCUACCUCUUGCCGAACUAGUAAAUUCGCAAAAGACGUGGAUUGUUGCUGGAAACGAUGUUACAGCUAUUUCUCCUGUGCUCUGCAAUAUCCUGGAAGGCUUUCAUCAAUUCUGCUUUACUUUGUUAUCUGUUCACAGCACUGCAAACAAAAAGGGACAAGGAUUGGAUGAUGGAUUUGAUUUCAAUGAAAGUGAUAACCUUCUUGCUGUUCCUGUGGCUGCCUUUAUAGUUUCACUCAGGACAAAGCAUGAAGAACAGAACACUGUGAAUCUCAUUAAGCAGGUCAUUGCUAGUGAUUGGAUUCAGCCCAAGGUGCUCAAGCACAUGAGCAGGAAACUCUAUUACAUUGGUGUACUUUUCUACAAGCAAAAUCAAGUGAAUGAGGCUUCAAAAGCUCUCAAAUUGUGCUGCAGGGCAGAGUGGGGUUGCCUUAAAAUUCUUUGCCAGAAUGGGGUUCUCGGUGACGCCAUUGUGGAUUCUGUUAGUGAUGCUUGUACAAGAACUGUUUUUCUUUUGGACAUACUCAGUCAGUGUGGAAGCAUGAAACUGCAGAAACUAAUUGUAAAAAGUCUUGAAAAUUGGUCUGCUGCUGAGGAUUUGCCUAUAAAGCUCCAACCUCCCACGGCUCUAGUGCAACAAUGGGUGAAGAUUCACUGUAAACUUAGCAAGAGCAUGAGUUCAGACUAUAGCGCUCCAACUUUGCAUUGCUCGCUAGGUUCUUCUACAAGAGUCUCAGUAAGGUCAAUGGGCAAACUCUUACAGCAGUUUUUAGGAGCUUCUUGUUUAUGAGAGAAUGCAAAGUACGUACCCGGAAUUUUCGCACAGAAUGCUACUGAAAAUCAUAGAUAUCCUCCUGCAACAUGUUUUUAUCAAAGGACAAGAUUAUUUAGGGAGAUCAAGAAUCUUGCUAAGAAAGGGAUGGGCAUUAAGAGCUAAUUCUGAUCAAGGUCUAUCCGACAGCAUCCAAUGUAUAUCGGAAGCAAUUUCGAUUAUUAGUUCUAAAACAAUGGGCCAAGGAAGUGCAAUAUCUCAUCAGUUAGCUAUGUCACAUAGUUUGCGAGCACUCUGCAUUCAGGAAGCAAAGCCCAACUCAAAGGAAAUUAUUCGAGAUUUUGAAGCUGCCCUAAAUCUAUGGUUGAGCAUUCCGCAUCCGGAUGGUUUUGGAUGUGUUGAAGAGAGUGCAUUCACUGGUGAUCUGCUGUUAAUGUUGUGUAAUAUAGCCGAUGUAUUAACACUAAAGGGUUUCACAGGACUCACCCAUGACAUCUACAAGCUCAUGAUUAGAUUCUGCGAAUGGCGAAACGUGUCAGUUGAAAAGUGUGUGCACUUCUUGUGGGGAAGUAGAAGGCUUAGUCACGCUCUUUGCUUCUCGCCAAUAGACAAAGCCUUCCUUACUGGAUUGUCAUGCAGUUCCGAUGAUAAAUUCAAAACCAUGGGAUUUUGGAUAGGCUGUCUAAAAGCGUCCAUGCCUCUAUUAGUUGGAUUCCAGCUGAAGCUAUCAAGUUCAUCUUCUUGUUGCUCUUCCAAUCUUGGUACUGAUCCUCAAUUAGACGUUGCAGUUGAUGAUGUAAAGAAGGCUGCUUCUAAGCUUAUAUCUGAUGGUCCUAUGAACAGUUGGUCAGCUUUCUUUGCUGCGUAUCUUUACCAUGAUUUGUCUGAAAGGCUCGUUGCAAGUGGGCAAUGUAUUGAGGCUCUCUAUUUUGCAAAACAGGCAUAUAAAUUGCGGUCUAAAUUGUUUCAAUAUAAUUUCACAUAUCAAGGCGGACUUUAUACUGAACGGACAGAUUGCAAUCAGAAGCCUACAUAUAGCAUCCAGAACCUGCGAGUGAACAAAUCAAUUGCUAUUCAAAUAUGGUCGUCUGACAAUAUUUUAGAGGACUUGGAAACAUGUUAUAUUAGUCCAUGGAAAGUGCUGCAGUGUUAUCUUGAUAGCACUCUUCAGGUCGCUUUCCUCGAUGAAAUGAUCGGGAACGGAGUAGAGGCCGAGGCUUUUCUACUGUGGGGAAAAGAAAUCUCUUGCUGCUUGAACUUGCCACUUUACAAUGUUGCAUUUUCUACUGUUCUAGGAAAACUAUAUCGCGAGAAACGGUCUUAUGAUCUGUCAGAAGAGGAACUUGAAAGUGCUAAAGAAAUUUUGGCACAGAAUGGCACUGCUAUUUCUUGUUCAAGGUGUAGAUUGAUACUAGAAGCCUCUGUGAAUCAGCAGCUUGGUGAUUUGAAUCGUAGCCGCUUGGUCAAUGCCACCUUGGACAUCUCACAUGAAUUAUUAUCGUUAGUGGAAGGUUUGUACUCAUCAGCUCUGGAAAAGCUGAACCUGCCGAAGUGGAAAGUUCCUGUUAGUUGUCCUGAGGAAGUUGAAAAUAUUGCUGGGAAUGUGGAUGCUAGUUCUGUCGCAAGAUGUCCAGAGGGAAUAGGAUUUGCUCCAUCCAGGGCUGCGCCAAAAGUGAAGGCAGGAGUCCGAAAGAGUAGACGAACUGAAAAUGCACCACUAUCUUUAUUGGAGGAGAACAGAUCAGGGGUAGGCCAUAAUACAAGGCUAACCCGAUCUAGAUACCGUUCUUCUCAGAAGCAAAAUGUCAAUAGUUGUGCUGAGGCUCAACCUGGAAUUGCAAAGGGUUGCGAGAGCAAAAGUGGUUGUGGUUUUCCUCAUUCAAGUGGUGAAGGCCGGUUGCUGCCAGAGGUGAAAUUCUGCAGUGUUGAGGGUAAAGGUAAAUGCAUCUGCAACACAGGGGAGUGCUCUAUCUGUCCGUCUUUGGAUGCAAAGGAAUCUGAAUUGUUGAGUCAUUACAUUCAAAUGAGAUGGGAAUUUGCUUGCAGACGGAUUUCUAUUGGAUUACUUGAUGGCAUAGGAAUGUGCCAUGAGAUUCGGGGUCGACAUCAUGAACAACACAAGGUUUCUGUACAAAGUAUAUAUGUCUUAUUGGGUCAAAACCCGUUCGGGUUGAAUCAAAUUUCUACUCCACCAACCUUCCUACUUAAUCUAUUAGUCAAGGAGUGUUUCCGGAAUGUUUUUGCUGUUGAGCUUGCGCAAGUGUUUUACAAUGUAUGCUGGAUAUCUCUGAAGAGUUACUGCAUCAAGGACGACAGGGACAUCUGCUGCAGUUUCACUCAAAUCAAGUCAUCUGAAGCAGUGUCUUGGCUGUUACAAGCCUUUGUACUCUGUCGAGAGGUUCCUAACCUGUUGAAAAAGGUCUCCAGGCUGCUCUGUGCCAUAUAUAUACUUUCCCCAUCGAAGGGACUGUUCUCUUUUCCUUCCUCCAGCAAAGUGCUCUCGGAAAGCCAUUGGGCUUCCUAUUUUCAUCAGGCCUCACUUGGCACCCAUCUGAACUACCAAUUCCUGUUGAACAAAACCCAGCAAAACAAACACCACCAUACUAUGGAUGAACAGCAUUCUGAUUAUCAGGAUUCGUCAACAAGUGACUUGCUGGAAGCAAAAUCACAUGAUUUACCAAGAGUUGCACCGCCAUUUGUUGAAGAGUUGGAGAAUUUUGUGAUAGAGUUUUUUGCAGAGCUUCCUUGCACCACUGUGAUCUGCAUAAGCUUGAUAGGCGACCAGUUAGCCACUUUAUUGCAAGAACUACUCGCAUACCCUCCAUCUAUCCAUGCAUGGCUACUACUAUCACGUUUAAACUCUAAGAAUCAACCUGUUGUGGCUGCUAUUCCCGUUUACUCCAGUUUGGAAGUGACUUCUGAAGAUAAUUGCGCAAGCUCCGGUUACAGAGAUAUCCUCAAAAGAAAUGAAUUGACUAAAAAAUGGCACUGCCCCUGGGGUGCUACUGUUAUUGAUGAAGUUGCUCCAGUAUUUCGACAUAUAUUGGAGGAGAAUCACUUGUCAUCGUCAAAUUUACCACUGGAAGAUUCCAAAGAGAACAGAAAUGCAUGGUGGAGUCGAAGAAAGAGACUAGAUUGUAUGCUUGAUGAAUUUCUAAGGAGCUUAGAAGAAAAGUGGCUCGGACCAUGGAAGAGCUUGCUUUUUGUUGAACUAUCCUACUGCAAGGCCAUGGAUGCAAUAGAAAGCAGGCUCGUUCGAGAUCUGAAAUCUAAAUGCAAAGUGGCUGUAAAUCAAAUUCUGCUUAAGGUCAUUCUUGGUGCAGGAGAAGAGUUUGGCGUAGAAACGUGUAUUAAGCAAUUGUUAUCUCUGAAGAAUGGCUGCGUUUUUGGUAAACCUGGAUUGUCUGAAGAAGGAAGUCUUGAGACCCAACCUGAAGAAUCUGAAGCAGUAAAAAGACAAACUGAGUUGGCUGUUCAGUUGGUAUAUGAGGCUCAGAAUAAGGUUAAAGAGGUAAAAGAAGAAGCCUCUGCCAAAAAAGAGGCAGCAAUUCUGGUCCUGGAUAGUGAGGUGCAGAUGCUUCCAUGGGAAAACUUACCAACACUGAGAAGCCAAGAGGUGUAUCGCUUACCUACAGUUGGCAGCAUUUCAUGGAUACUUGAUAGGAGCUUCAGACAGCGAGAAUCAGGGGCGGCCAUGUCUGUUGCCUUACCUUACAUAGAUCCCUUGGAUGCUUUUUAUGUCUUGAAUCCCAGUGGUGACCUGGAUCAUACACAGGCUGCAUUCGAGAAGUGGUUUCAGGAGCAAAAUUUAGGGGGAAAGGCAGGAUCUGCACCAACUGCUGAAGAAUUGGCUUUGGCCUUGAGGAAUCAUGACCUCUUCAUAUAUUUAGGCCAUGGCAGUGGUACACAAUACAUAUCAGGGGAUGAGAUAAAGAAGCUUGAAAAGUGUGCGGCAACUCUUCUUAUGGGCUGCAGCAGCGGUUCCCUGACCAUAACUGGCUCUUACACUCCAAAAGGCGCUCCGCUCUACUAUCUAUUAGCAGGUUCCCCAGUCGUCGUGUCAAACCUCUGGGAAGUCACUGACAAGGACAUCGAUAGAUUCAGCAAGACCAUGCUUGAUUCUUGGAUGCGUGAAAGGUCCGAUGCUUACACCGAUUCUGCCCGCUGCAACCUAGUCAAAGAAUUCGACUCAAUGAGCAUCAAGGGCAAAGGCAGGAAGAAAGUCUCCAAGAAAAAGUCAUCUGAACCUGAAGACUGUGACAACGACGACAGUUCAAAACACAACAGUUCUAGCAACCGGCGGCCUACUGUUGGGUCGUUCAUGGCUCAGGCUCGUGAUGCUUGCACUUUGAAGUACUUGAUUGGAGCAGCACCAGUUUGUUAUGGAGUUCCAACAGGUAUUCGGAGAAAGGAGAAAGUAGCUCAAUAGUUGGUCAUUCCACUCAGUUCACUUCACACUAGUGAGCUUUCAGGUUAUCAAAAUUGGUCACUCCCAUCUCGUCGAUUGCUGGGCAGCUUGUGUACUAGAGCUUUCACAUGUUCAGGUUAGUGCUGUAACACAGUAAACAGCAAGGAAUAGUUGUGCAUAACCCAGUUACAGAAAUUUAGUUUCAGGUCUAGUGUCGCUCUUACUAGUUCUGUAUAGGUUUUUUCCUCAACUAAUGGAUGGAUGAACUUUGGUCCACCUUUUUUUUUUCUUUUUCUGACAAGAAACUUUGGUCCCUUAAUGUUGAAUCAAUGGUUCUCUUUUAUGUUUUCUCGGUUAGCUGGAAACCGAACUGACGGAUUGGUUUAUCCGGUCAGCCAAAACAGUUUAUUUGAGCAUGGCCAUGCAAGUUAUGAACAACAAACCUGCAUACAAAGAUGUACAC